GAAGUAAAUAAAAACUAAAUAUAUAAAAGGGAAAUUGGUGGCAAUACCUUUCAUAAUGUAUUGUACAAAAAACUCCACCUGAAUCUAUAGUUCCUGCCAUUUUCUUCUGCAUCCAGGUCCAACACAUUGUUUAAACUCUACCAUAAUAUAUGUUAAAGAAAAAGCUAACUUUUCUCCCACCUUUACCAUUGAGCCAUUUUUAGGUAAAUGAGGUUUUGAUAAGCACCAAUAAAACUACUUAUUGGUGCUUAUAAAAUAUCUUCCAAUGUAAAUAUCUGCUCAGUAUUAAUUAAAAACAUGCCAACAAAUGGGAAAAAUAUGACAAAUGCUGACAUUUAAUAAAUUCUGUGGUUACUACUGUUUAUGAACCAAAUCAAUAUCUUUACAUGGCAUGAUGUGAUUGGCUCCAAUGAGUCCUGUGAAAAGCGCAGCCUCUGAUUGGACAAGAGGGAAGACCAGUAACAUUCUGACACACACACUCUUUGUUAGAUAAAAAAACCGUAGGAUAGGUUCUCCCACACCUGAGCAGAGGUGACAGAGCAGGUCACACACACAUAGAGACAUGAGAACACACAAGCUAUGCAUUGCUCUGCUGGGCCUGCUGCUGCUGGGGUCCUUCAGCAUUCAGGCUGGUGACCCCAAGGAUGACCCCGACAAGGCAACGGAGGCAUCAUCAGCAGAGACAUUAGAGGACACCUCAGAGGAGACAGACAAGAAGCCAAAGAAGGAGAAGACAACAAACAUAGAAGAAGAAAAAGACAUUUUGGUUCUACACAUCAACAACUUUGACAGAGCUCUCAGCGAAAAUGAGUUUUUACUGGUUGAGUUUUAUGCUCCCUGGUGUGGCCACUGCAAAGAGUUUGAACCGAUUUACGCCGAGGUCGCAGAGAAACUGAAGGAGGAGGAAGCAGGGAUUCGACUGGCUAAGGUGGAUGCCAUUGAGGAGAAGGAGCUGGCUGAUGAGUUUGAGGUCGGAAGCUUUCCCACUCUGAAGGUGUUCAUCAACGGGGACCGCAAGCAGCCACUGGAUUACACUGGUAAAAGAUCAGUGGUGGGAAUAAUUCAAUGGAUGAAGCGUCGUGCCGGUCCUGGGACUUCAAAUCUUGACUUUGUGGACUCUGCAGCCAAGUUCAUCGGCACCCACAAUAUCUCUGUUGUAGGAUUCUUCAAUAGUUUGGAAAGCGAGUCUGCCAAGGUGUUCAAGGAGGUCGCUUUUGAUUUGACUGAUGUUGAGUUUGGAGUUACUGCAACUCCUGAAGUGUUUCAGAAGUACGAAGUGAAAUCAGACUCAGUGGUGCUGUUCAAAAAGGUAUGGAAGAUACAGACUCAACUGUCAUCCAUUGCUUUGGAAAUGUAUUGGUGUUAAAAAUUUAAAAUAUCUCUGCAAUAAUGUUUUUAUGUUGAAUUAUCAAUCAGCGUAGAUUCCAUAUUGUCCGUUUAUAGUUCAUUGGUAAGCUGCCCAGAAAACAGUGAAAAAUUUGUUUUUUAAGAAUUUUUUUUCAGUCAAAAACAGAUCAUUAUAAGCUCUUCUACUUUGAACAGAUCAAACUUCAAACUUACCAUAAAAACUGUCAUUAAAUUUAGGCACAAUUAACACACAAAAACUAGUCAAAAAAUAUAUGUAAGAAUAAAAAUAACAAACCAAAGCUUAGCUGAGAAAGCAACUGAAAGUUUCUGAAAAGUGAUUACAUUGCAUACUGAAAGUCAAAACGUAAAACACAAUCACAACUUCACACAAAACUUUUGACUCCAAAGUCUUCAACACCAAUCUAUGUUCAUGAGGUAAAGAUUUACAGUGCAAGGUGAUCAGAGUGGCCAGAUCACCUCCUGGCCACCCUGAGAGGGAUGUAACCCCCAGGUUACGUCUUUUAGACAUGACCCGGGGUUCAUGGUGAGAUCCCAUGAACCGACACAUAACACAGGGAGUUAAAAGCUCUCAGUGAUGAG